UCACCCUAGAAUUAUGCAUGGAAUCUCUACUUCCUAAUCCUCUCCCACCACCAUCAUUCUUUCCUCGAUUUGGUGGUCAAUCAAAUUCAUUUACACCCAUUAACAAGUUUGGUCAUGGGAAUGAUCCACUUGAGUUCCCUUCCCUCUCUGCUUGUUUUGGCCAUGGAAAUGAUCAACUAGAGUUUCCUUCCGUCUCUGCUUCCCAUUCAUGUUUUGCAACUCUUACUGCUAAAACUAGUAGCAGUGGGAUUCUUGCAAGGGCUACUGCUGCUGCUGGUGGUGGUGGAUCUCUGUAUGAUGUUUUAGGUGUUUCACCUUCUGCAACUUCUGACGAAAUCAAGAGUUCUUAUAGAAAACUUGCACUCAAAUAUCAUCCUGAUGUUAGCAAACAGGCGAAUGCCCAAGAGAAAUUCAUAAGGAUUAAAAAUGCGUGUGAUACAUUACUGGAUUCAGACUCACGGCGUGAGUAUGAUUACGGAAGAAGAAGAACAACACAACCAACAUCUAGUCGUUCGGCCAGCACUACUAGGAAGAAAAAUCAUUCAAAUCAUUCUAAGUCACGGGGGCGGAAGAGGCGUACUUAUUAUUAUUAUUAUGGAACUGGAGGGCUUCAUUUUACCAUUUCAGAGUCUUGGACUAAUGGAAGAAGAGGAACAUCUUCCACUUCAAAGCACCAAAGCAGGAAAGGUACAUAUGAUGAAAAUUAUUAUUACUCCAAUGAGACAAUUCUAUGGGUCUGGUACUUGUUUCAUGGAUUACAUUCAUUGCAUUGA